AUGGGUAUCUCACGCGACUCUCGUCACAAGCGCUCGGCUACCGGCGCGAAGAGGGCCACCUACCGCAAGAAGAGGGCCUUCGAGAAGGGUCGCCAGCCCUCCAACACCCGUAUCGGUGCCAAGAGAAUCCACCUGGUCCGCACCCGUGGUGGUAACCAGAAGUUCCGUGCCCUCCGUCUCGACUCCGGUAACUUCUCGUGGGGUUCUGAGGGUGUCUCCCGCAAGACCCGUGUCAUCGUUGUCGCCUACCACCCUUCCAACAACGAGCUGGUCCGUACCAACACCCUGACCAAGUCCGCCGUCGUCCAGAUCGAUGCCGCUCCUUUCCGUCAAUGGUACGAGGCCCACUACGGUCAGCCCAUCGGCCGCAGACGCCAGCAGAAGACCGAGACCACCGAGGAGAAGAAGUCCAACAGCGUGGUGAAGAAGCAGGCUGCUCGCUUCGCCGACCACGGCAAGGUCGAGUCCGCUGUCGAGAGACAGUUCGAGUCGGGUCGUCUGUACGCCGUUGUGUCGUCCCGCCCCGGCCAGAGCGGCCGCGUGGACGGAUACAUCCUGGAGGGUGAGGAGCUUGCUUUCUACCAGCGUGCUAUCCGCAAUAUACAAACCAAAAUGAAAACAACCCUCCUCCUCCUCAGCGACACACACACCCUCCCCCCUCACCCCCCCCUCACCACCUCCAACGCCUACCGCCACCCCCUCCCCCCAUCCGACAUCCUAAUCCACGCCGGCGACCUCACCAAAGUGGGCUACAAGCACGAACACCAGACCAUCCUCCAAACCAUCCUCUCCCACCCAGCCCCCCUAAAGCUAAUCAUCCCCGGAAACCACGACAUCACGCUCGACGAACCCUACUACACGCACCUCGGCCACUACCGCCACAAAUACCGCACCGAUCACACGGCCCCCUCUGCUACCUCCGGAUCCGAGAACGUGUCUGCGGGAAAAGCGGAAGCAGGACGAUUAGAGAAUCUGGAUGAGAUUAGGGAGUUGUAUACGGGGAGCGAGGCACGGGAGAAAGGGAUCAGGUAUCUCGAGGAAGGGAUGUAUCGGUUUCGGUUGGGCGAUGGGAGGGUGUUUUCGGUGUAUGCGAGUCCGUAUACGCCGGAGUUUUGUCAGUGGGCGUUUGCGUAUGAGAGGGGGGUGGAUCGGUUUAAUCCGGUUGUUGCGGGGGAGGGGGAGGGGUAUCCGGUUGGAGAUGGGGGGCCACUUCAUCCCGUACCGGAUUAUCCUGGGGUAGAUAUUAUGAUCACGCAUGGUCCGCCGUAUGGGAUUCUGGAUCAGGUGGUGCCGGGACAUAUGAGUGUGGGAUGUGAGCAUUUGUUUCGUGCGGUGAAGCGGGCGAGGCCCCGGUUGCAUGUGUUUGGACAUAUUCAUGAGGGGUAUGGGGCGGUGCGGAAGGAGUGGAGUUCGGGGAAUGAGUCCAUGAUUCAGUGUGAUAAGGAGGAGAUGUUGGAGGAGCGAUGUGCCCGCGUGGAUGUGAGUGCCGAGGGAAGCAAUCCGUUAAGGCCGGGGGCGGAGACGCUGUUUGUCAAUGCCAGUGUCGUGACCGUGCAGUAUCAUGCCAUUAAUGCCCCGUGGUUGGUCGAGUUGGAUCUACCGGUUGAGAAGAUUGAUUAA